UUUUUAUUAUUAUACUUUUUUCUCUUCCUAAUCUCACUCUAAAAAAUUCUCUCUUCUUUUGAGUGCUUUAUCUUAGUGGCUAUUUUUUCGCAACAAAAAAGAAUAACGGUUCAUGUUUUUGAGUGAAGUGAAUUUUAUCAUGAGAGGGUUUCAUUGAGUUUUAUAUUAUUGUGAAAAAGUGAAAACAAGAAGAAGAAGAAAAAGUGAUUAUGGUGAUGGGAGAGAUGCGCAAGUCUUUCAAGGAUUCUCUUAAAGCUCUUGAAGCUGAUAUUCAAUUUGCCAAUACACUUGACUUAACUUUGCUUCUGCUGUAAAGAAGAUUCAAUUAAGAUUUAAGAUAAGUAGAUUCUGUUGGCUUCGCCUGGCCUGUUGGUGUUGGCUUGAGACCUUGGAGUGUGCUCCUCUCAAUGUCUCAGUGCUUCUGAUUAUCCAAGUGAAACUGAUGGUGCCCGCUUUCAAAUGAGAUUAUCUUAUAGCCCAGCUGCUCAAUUUCUCCUUUUUAUGUUUAAGUGGACUGAUUGCCAUCUUGCCGGAGCCUUAGGAUUGCUUAGAGUUCUCGUAUACAAGACAUUUGAGGAUGGGAAGACAACCAUGUCCGUAUAUGAAAGAAAAGCCAGUCUAAAGGAGUUCUAUGGUGUGAUAUUUCCCUCUUUAUUACAACUUCAGAGAGGAAUCACUGAUGUAGAAGAGAGGAAACAGAAGGAUUUGUGUGCUACAAAAUACAAGCCUAAAGAUGUGAUUGGAAAAGGAAAGCUAUCUGAAAUUGAUUUAGAGAGAGAAGAAGAAUGUCCGAUUUGUAUGGAAAUGAACAACAAGGUUGUGUUACCCAAUUGCUACCACUCUUUGUGUAUGAGAUGCUAUAAUGACUGGCAUACAAGAUCUCAAUCUUGCCCUUUCUGUCGCGACAGUCUUAAAAGAGUAAACUCUAGUGACCUUUGGAUCUACAUGAGCAACAGUGAGAUACAAGAUUUGGAAUCAAUCAACAAGGAGAAUUUAAAAAGGUUAUUUAUGCGCAUUGACAAGUUGCCUCUGAUUUCACCGAUUUCACCGGAUCAAAUAUUAAUCUCUUAUCAUCAAGACUUCUGAUUUCCAUUUUAGAGAAUUUUAGGGAUCUUUGGAUCUGCAUGAGCACCGGUGAGAUACAUGAUUUCGAUCAUCAAGAAGAGUUUAAAUAGGCUACUUAAUCCGUGUACAUUCUCAAGUUACCUUUGAUUGUAAAUGUCUUAUCCUCAAAAAAACUAUUUAUUUUUUCUGGGUAGUCAAAUCUUAGUGAUUAAGUUAGUGGUAAUGUUGGUUUUUAGGGUUUGAACCCUCGACCUCCUUCGCAAGACUCAUUUAUGUCCCUUGGUUAGCUUACCAGUCGAGCUACCUAUGCGAGACUUAUCCUUAAAACUUUUUAUUUACAUUUAGUGAAAGCUAAUUUAUACUUCAAAUUUAUUUGUCACUGUGCUGGAA